AUGGCAAAACCAAUACUAUUGUCUCUCUUUGUUUUUCUUCUACUAACUGUUUGCUAUACAUCGUUAGCAGCAGCACCUGCAUCAGAAUCUUUGUACACAACUUUCCUUAACUGCCUCAAACAAAACAACACAGAUCCAUCUAUCUCCAACAUUGUUUUCCCACAAUCAAACCCUUCAUUUUCCACUGUCCUUCAAAACUACAUCCGUAACGCACGUUUCAACACCUCCUCAACUUCCAAACCUUCAAUCAUUGUAACUCCUAAACAAACCUCACAUAUUCAAUCCACCGUUAUCUGCGCUAAAACAGUUAACGUUCAAAUCAAAAUCAGAAGUGGCGGCCAUGAUUAUGAGGGUAUUUCUUACAUCUCUAAUCAACAACCCUUUAUCAUCCUUGACAUGUUCAAUCUAAGAACAAUCAAUGUUGAUAUAAUAAACGAAGUUGCUUUUAUUCAAGCCGGUGCUACUCUUGGUGAAGUUUAUUAUAGAAUUUACGAAAAGAGUAAAGUUCAUGGCUUUCCUGCUGGUGUGUGCCCAACUGUCGGUGUUGGUGGUCACUUCAGCGGUGGAGGAUACGGUACAAUGUUGAGAAAAUAUGGUUUAUCUGUUGAUAAUAUUAUCGAUGCUGAAAUUGUUGAUGUUAAGGGAAGGCUUUUGAAUAGGAAAUCAAUGGGAGAAGAUCUCUUUUGGGCUAUACUAGGUGGUGGUGGUGCUAGUUUUGGUGUUGUUUUAUCUUAUACUGUUAAAUUAGUAGCGGUUCCUGAAACUGUUACUGUUUUCAGAAUUGAGAAAACUAUAGAACAAAAUGCAACCGAUCUGGUUGUUCAAUGGCAACAAGUUGCUCCAACUACUGAUAAUAGGCUUUUCAUGAGACUUCUUUUGCAGCCUAUAACUUCCAAGACAGUCAAAGGAACAAAAACUCUUAGAGCUUCUGUGGUUGCUAUGUUCCUCGGAGGCGCCGAGGAACUGGUGGGAAUUCUAGGUAAAGAAUUCCCACUUUUAGGAUUGAAAAAAUCAGAUUGUCUUGAAUUGAGUUGGAUUAAUUCAGUUCUGUGGUACAACGACGCCGACGAAUUCAACAACGGUGCAAAACCGGAGAGUCUUUUAGAUAGGAAUCUAAAUUCGGCGAGUUUCGGGAAGAGAAAAUCUGAUUAUGUUCAGAAACCUAUUCCAAAAGAUGCAUUGAAUUUGAUAUGGAAAAAGAUGAUUGAGUUAGGAAAAGUUGGAUUUGUUUUCAAUCCUUAUGGUGGAAGAAUGAACGAGAUUCCGGCCGACGCGACGCCUUUUCCUCACCGUGCUGGGAACUUGUUCAAAGUUCAGUUUUCAGUGAAUUGGAAUGAUCCAGCCCCUAAUGCUACGUUGAAUUAUUUGAAUCAAGCUAAGAGUCUUUAUAGUUUCAUGGAGCCUUAUGUGUCAAAGAAUCCAAGAAGUGCUUAUAUAAACUAUAGGGAUCUUGAUAUUGGGAUUAAUAGUUUUGGUGAGAAUAGUUAUCAAGAAGGCCAAGUUUAUGGUGCUAAGUAUUUUAACAAUAAUUUUGAUAGGCUGGUUAAGAUUAAGACUGCAGUUGAUCCUGAUAAUUUUUUCAGAAAUGAGCAAAGUAUUCCUGUUCUUGCUGGAAAGGUUUAG